GUGUGUCUGGCAGCUCCAGCACCCCCUUUCUCCCAGCCCGUAGGAGCACAGGAAAAACUUUGGGAGCUGCAGGGCAGACGGUAUUUUUGGCCCAGGUCACAGAUUGAUUCCUGCCCACUCUUUCCCUGCUGCUUGCAAGAAAGGGUUCCUACCGAGGAUGUAGAGACAAGUUUUUAAAGCUGUGGAGUGGGAGCACAGCACUGCAGCCUCCCAUUCACCAGGGCUCUAAAAAUCACAAGAAACCAGCACCUGACAUGAUCUUGAAGGAACAAUCACCUGUUAAUUUUGUAAACUGGACCGAGUAACACGAUGCACCCAACAUGCAAAUGAUUUCAGAUGGAAACAAAUUACACAUCAGAAAUGACAAUGCUGAUAACAGUAUCAUCCUCCAUCCAGUCUGCUCCCAUCCACCACCACCUUUCUCCCCCUCCCACCCUACCAAAGCCUGGGAAGGACAACGUGCGGCUCCAACGGCUGCUGAAAAAGGCAGCCAAAAAGAAUGCUGUCUUCGCUUCAGAGCAAGCCAAGUCCUUCCGCUCCAGCCUCUCACCCGUGAACGAGGCCAGCCCUGACCAAGAGGAGUACGAUGAAAGCACUCCCCCAGCAGAGAUCCCUGAAACCACAGCAUCCCCUUCUACCAGCCUGCCCACUCACAUCUCCAUCAGGCCCGUCAACCACCGCGCCCCCUCCCCUUUCCGAAAGAGCAAGCCUUUCACACUGAAGGUCACUGAGCAGAGGCGCAUUGCUGAACAUGUCCUGCUCACAACCUCCUCAGCCAUGCCCCUGCUACACAAACCAGAGGCUCCCGAGACUACACAUCAGCCAGAAGACGUGGGCUCCCACCUUCCCUCCCCAUGUGACCCAUCUGUUUUCCCCCAGCCUCCUCCUUCCAGUAAAGAAAGGGCACCAGAGGUUACCUACGUCACCAAGGUGAACACUUAUUUCCACAGUGUCAAGCCACCAAGGGCUAAGACUCCCACAUCAAACCUGACACAAGGAACCGUAAGCCAUGAAGACAAAAGGCCUUCUUCCCCAGCACCUCAAACAAGCUGCUCUGAACCAUCUCCAGAGCACAUACCCACCUCACUUGAUGACAGCAACGCCACACUUCCUUCGUUGGAACCUCCCCUCCUUCCUGCUGCAGACACAGAACCUGCUGCAGACACAGAGCCUCCUGAUCAAGCUCCCAAGCCUGUUCCUAUUGAAGAGUCCAUCAAGGCCCCUUCACCCAAGCCAAGCACCUCUGAUGCCCACAGCAAUAUGCCUACAACUCACGGAACUGACACUGAAAUAUCUGGAUCAGAGACAGCUUCUGAAUUACCCAAGGAAGACAGAGACAUCCUAAAACAAACGACAUCCAGUGCUCCCUGGAGGCAAGCACACCCACCAACAGCAACGCCAGCACAAGCUGAUGGUACUGGGUCCACCUCCACAGACACCAAGGCAGAAGACAUCAUUCAAACUCAAUUGACCCCCAGCUUACCCAACACCGGCCUUCCCCUCAAAGCUGAGCCAGCACCACCAUCAGCAGAAGCAGCAAGACCAUCUGGAACCAGUGCCAGUGGCUGGCGUCGCCUCAGGAAGCACUUGAUGGUACAGCCAGAAGCACCCAGCUUCCCAGAGCCCAAGCCAGAAAAGCUGGAACAGGAGGAAGGGAGUAAAGAGGACACUGCUCAAGCAGCCAUCAACCAAGACUGCAUGCUGUUUAAAUCAAGAGCCAUGAAAAUGUGGGAUGCUAUUUUAUACCAGGUGACACUCAACAAGGAGACAAAGCAGCAAGCAGAAGAGAAGAAGCCACGGAAGGAAGAAAACAUCUUUCUUCCCCGCCGCUUGCCCAUCCUUCUGCAUAAGCCACGUUUUGACGCCCGGAAACUGAAGGAACUGGCUACCAAACCCAUGACAAAGAUCAGCACUGUGUUUGAGCUGAGCCGGUUUAGACCCAAAUCAGCUGAGGAGCACACCAAGAGCUUUAACAGAACAGCAUCAGGAUGGUCAGCCAACUGAAGCCAGGCAGCUCCAUGCCUCUGGAGAUUCCUGCAGGGCACCCAAGCAAGAGAACACCUAGGACCAGGUUUACUGUCCAUUGAAGCCAAGUGUAAGGAAAACAAGGAAAUUAAAUAAAACCCCUCAAAGCCAGCAGCCUCAUGCUGCAGGUUUAAGGGCUACUCUCUGUAUGUUUAUAAGCUUAAGUGUAUAACAUACCACAUCCACAGGUCACAGGAAAACAGGUACACGCUUGUUUUGAACAGAGCCAGCAAGCAGCACUGGAUGCAGUAACAGAGGGAACAGAGGGGAAGGACACAGUGAAGGUGACAAGUUGCCAGUAGAAAAAGACCAGUUUAAAGAAGGAUAAUAGAAUCUUAGGGUUUUUGUUGUGUUUAUCUAAGACCUAUCUUGAUCCUGGAAGCAGCAGCAGUUGCAGAUGAGAUAUGAAGGAAUCUGGGUUGCUCCACAUCUCUAGGGAGUCUUAGAAAACACACACAAAGAGAGUACAUACAUUUUGAGCUAUCUUCUCUAUCUCCUCCACUGAAAGUGCACCCCUCACCCAUUUCCUGAGAACAAAAUAGAAACUCAUCCUUUCACCAGCACAGACAAGGGACAGCAUAAGAUAUCCCGCUCUCACAAAGCGGUUCCCCUGGCUAACAAAACGGGCAUUAUCACUUGACAUCCUCCUAGGUCAGUCUACUAAAUCAUAGUGCACAGAAGACUAUUUCAGUAAUCAAGUUCUGUUACAUAUUUUAUCAUUUUCUCAAAUAUAGAUGAUGGUUUCCAUAACUAAACAACCCUUCUUGAGCACAUUGGUAUCCAACUCUGUGUAUUUAACAAGAUACUGGUUUUUUAGGGCCUCUGCUAACCACACGUAGUCUCAUUUUCAAGAGGAACAUCAUGGUAUUUGCCUACCUGCUUGUCCCUGAUGUCCUGAAAAAAAGAGGGUAUUUAAAAGGAAAGUCCCCAGCUCUGCCCAUCCAAGAGACAGCUGUGCUUUCAAGUAUUAGUCACCCUUUGCAACUUCAUUGCCAGCAGGUUUAUGAGCCUGAAAGCUGGGAGAUCAGCUAUUUCUGUUUCACAAGGGACUUUGUCAUAGGCUAGGGUGUUCCUACACAGCUAAUAUAGGAUUGCCAUGUUUAGUCCAAAUAGGAAACUCCAUACACAGCUCUUUAUAUUCUUUUUGUGUAUAGAGGAUACGGAACUGACCAAAGUUUCCUCAAGCCAAACUGUGAAGAGACUUGGAAACAAAACAAAGAACCCCUUUUGCUUUUUUGAAGUCUUCCAAUUUUGUAAUGAUGCUAUAAGAGCAGCUCAGUUAUCAUCAAACCUUCACUUAAGUUUUCACUUUGCUGGUCUUAUUUUCUCUAUUUUGUAACCCCUUUCCUAUUCAACAGGAAAAAAAAAAAAAGAGGAUAACCCAAUUAUCUAAAGAUAGGAUUUCUCCAACCCCCCUACACACUUUUCCAAGAAAAAGCUGAAAAGAGGUAGGUUGGAAACACACCAGUAGUCACAAGUGGAUGCUAGGUAAGCCUCUGCAGGAUAAUUUAACAUUGCUGGGAGAGAAGGCUAUAGAAAGAGAUCCACACAGCAACACAAACAAAGAAAUCAAAGAGUGCUGUGUAAAAUGUGGAAUGCCUAAUGCAGAUAAAGAUGAGCAAUAAACGGCACCUUACUGAAGCAGAGUGGAUGGAUGCCUAUGCUUAGGAAUCAGCAUGCAUGAGAUCCAUAGAAUUAACAUGAGGGAGAACAGGCAACAUCAGUUAUGUUUGGGAGACAAAGUGAAUCUGGCCAGAGAGGAUGGUUUAAGAAGCAAUUUUGCUUUAAUCCAGCUUUUGUCCUGAAGCAAGGACAACCACCCAGAACAAACCAGCAACUCUCACCUAAGGCUUACAUGUUUUGCAUCUGCUGUGCUUUCAACCAGGUUGCAUCCACAAACCCAGCCCCACUGCACAGGGAUGAAGGAUGGAGAAAUGCCAUUGGGGAGAAUGAUUCCCCCAAACAGAAAGAAGGAAGCAAAGGAAGGCAGGUCUGGAUGCAUGGUUUAAGCCCUUUUACCCCAAAAGCAAAGGACAGAGACACACAGCAAGCAUGGCAAGUUCUGCAGAGACAGACCCUGACACAGGAGUAUCACAAAGGACAGUCUUGUAAGCAACAGAUUUUCACCAACGGCUCUGCAUUGGAAGUCAGUACAGUAUGUCCCAGUCUGAGCUGCUGUGCUGAGCAAGGGAAGGGGGAUGCUAAUGGGCACAGAAUUUGGUUCUUUUCAACGUCAAACAGCCUCAGGCAGAGGGCUAAGAGCCCAAACUGCCACUUAGAGAAAACCUCUUGCUUCAAAGGCUGCACUGAGGUCCUGCAGCUCAGGAAGGAAGGGGAGGAAGAAAAACUGUACCUGUGCUUAAGCAACUAGAAAGCUGAUAAGGUGGUGUUAAGGAAGUGACACAGGGGUAAUCCAGAAGGGUUUGGGAGCAAGAAGGCAAUGACAAAGUGAUCCAGUAGUACAGAAAAGGAUGAACAUAGUUCAGAGGGUGGAGAGGAGCUGGGGAGCAGUGAGCUCACAGCGUACCAAACAGCCAGCUAAAAACCUAAGAACAGAAACAAGCCAAGCUCCUUCAGCUAUUGCAGUCAUUUUGCUAUUCACAGUAAAAAAAAAAAAAAAAAACAACUUCCUUUUGAACAAACCCA